AUGGAAGGUACAAACAACGAAAAAAUUUUGAGCAUAAUUAAAGCAAGUGAAUGUUCUGCGGAUAAAAUUUGCAUUACGUUAUCUGACUUUGAUGACCAAUGCCGCCACACAUCUUUUGGAAAAGACAGUUCUAGUUCACCGUGCAUCUCUGACAAACAACAAAACGAUGCCGUGAUCGAAAACCAAUCUUGUAACACAAAAGAUGCUAAUACAAAAUCUGACAUCACAAAAGAUGCCAUCACAGAAGAUGCCAUCACAGAAAAUGCCAUUAUAGAAGAAUUCAAUGAUGAGGAUGGAAAUUUGUCCCUUAAAAACAAAAAUGUUAUGCAUCAAAGCUAUUCUAGUGUAUCACUCGUGAGAAAGCAAAAUGAACUUUGUGAACCUAAUUCUUUUAAAGAAGAGAACCUUGAUUCAAGAAGGCAUUAUUCAUCAUUUAAAGAAGAAAAAGAAGAAGAUUGCCAGGUGACAUCCUGUCAAGAGCUAUUGGACUUGCGCUCUCUUAAAAUAAAAACUUACAAAAAUUUACUUGCUGUCAGUUUUGGAUUUUUAUUUCUUUUUACUGCGUUCCAAGCUCUGCAGAAUCUUCAGAGUAGCAUUCAUCAAGAUAAAAAUUUAGGAUUUGCUUCUCUUAUUGUCAUUUAUGCUUCAUUACUAGUUUCAUGUAUGUUUGUUCCACCGUUGUUGAUUGGAAAACUUGGAUGUAAGUAUACCAUCGUUGUUUCAAUGUGUGGCUAUGUGUUAUAUACUGCUUCAAUGUUUUAUCCAAGAUACUGGACAAUUAUUACAGCUUCUGCAUUACUAGGUUUUUCUGGAGCACCACUUUGGUCUGCUAAAUGCUCAUAUUUAACUUCAUCUGGUAUGAAAUAUGGAAGACAUAUAAAGCAAAAUGAAGAUAACGUUGUAACAAGCUUUUUUGGGAUAUUUUUUUUGAUUUUUCAAAGUGGUCAAAUUUGGGGAAACCUUCUCUCAACAUUAGUACUAAAAGAAUCAGGUGGAAAAUUUAAUUUGACUGAUGUUGAAGUUGAAAAAAUAUGCGGUAAGAACUACUGCCCUUCAACAUCUAUAUCAUCUCAACAACAGACAAGCAAGUCAACAGUUACAACACUAAUGAGUAUAUAUUUGGCAUUUGGUCUAUUAGCAAUAUGUGUCAUUUUUGUUUUUCUCGACAAAAUAGAAGUUGUUCGGGGUAAUGAGAAAAGAGGAUUUUUUAAUCUACUUGUUGCGACGUUUAAGCAUUUAAAGAACAGAAAAAUGCAGUUAAUGAUACCGCUGACAAUUUUUUGUGGUCUGGAACAAGGCUUUGUUUUUGGAGAUUUUACAAAGGCUUUUGUGACUUGCGCAUUGGGCAUUGAAAAAGUUGGACUAAUUAUGAUAUGCUUUGGGGCUGUAGAUGCCUCUUUCUCUUUAUUUCUCAGCAAAAUUGUCAGCUGGACUGGAAGACCUAUUAUGAUGGCUGUAGCUUCAUUAAUUAAUCUUGGAUUGUUAGUGACGUUUUUAAUAUGGAAGUCUUCUGACCGAACAAUUUUUGUGUAUUUUCUUGGCGCUGGACUAUGGGGGUUUUCGGAUGCUGUUUGGCAAACCCAAGUAAAUGCAUUUUUUGGCAUUCUGUUUCCGACCAAUCAAGAAGCUGCUUUUUCGAAUUUCCGACUAUGGGAGUCUUUAGGAUUUGUAAUUUCGUUUGCUUACGGAAAUACUCUAUGCAUUAAUGUUAAGCUUUACAUCCUCAUAGGGUUUUUAAUCGUAGGUAUCUUAUUUUAUGGAGUUGUUGAGUGGUUGAGAUUAAAAGAAAAUAAAAACGUUAGAUCUAUAAACUGAAUUUUUUACUUAUUAUUUUAAUAACUUUGAUUAUGUUUUUAAUAUAUAUAUAUUUUUUUUAGAUAAUAUUUUUUUAAUAUUUUGACAAGCUAUAUUAAAAAAGAACUUUUAAGGAUUUUGUUGCUUUUGUUCUAAAUUUUAAAUAAUUGUUACUUUUAGUUUUUCUUAUUCAAUACAAGUUGUUUUAUAAUGUGUAAACAGUGGUCGUAAAAA